AGAAUUCCUGUAGCACUUACUGAGAUGGGCAGGUCUGUUCUUGUGGGUAGUGGGUGCCCUGGCCAAUUGCUAGGGAUCACUUUGUUGGGAAUAGGGUGUAAUGGCAGGAAUAGUACUUACCUCCACACGUGCUUCACUAAGUCCUUACAGAACGUAUCAGUAGGCAAAGGAACUGGCACUCGGUGCUUUAAUAAAGGAGAAGCCAAUGAAUAAUGAAUGGCAGUCAGUGCCGCUGCCUGUAAAUGAUUCUGUUCAUUAUCUGUGCAAUCAUUUAUGUUCUCUCGCCUCCCAAAGAGACAUCAUUUUGCUCAGGCGAUCGCCAUCCUGAAUUCCCACGGCUGUAACAUCCUAGAACAGUUCUCCAGAAAGGUGAGUGCAUUAAUAGGCGCCUGAGGGCAGACACCCCCAGAGUUGACUCUGCCCAUUAAAGUCAAUGGGACACAUUUGGGGUGUGUGAAGGGGUUUUCUUACAUUUUGUUGACUGUGUAGGAAGAAAUUUCACAGGGGCAACAAACCAUCCCAUGAGACUUUACCAUAAGUGUAUAGGAAUGAGCUUAUUACUGGUAUUUCUCUUGUAGAUGAGUUUGAUCCCCACAAUAAACAUCACCACUAUCUCCUGAUCUGCCUCCUAAUGACCUCCAGUGACCUCUCCGACCAAACCAAAGGCUGGAAGACCACCAGGAAGAUAGCGGAACUGAUCUACAAGGAAUUCUUCUCUCAGGGAGACCUGGAGAAAGCAAUGGGAAACAGACCGGUUGAGAUGAUGGACAGAGAGAAGGCUUACAUCCCUGAACUCCAGAUCAGCUUCAUGGAGCACAUUGCCAUGCCCAUAUACAAGUUGCUCAAGGAUCUCUUCCUGCAAUCUUCCGAGUUGUACGAGAGGGUCGCGGCCAACAGAGAAAAGUGGACACGCGUCUCUCACAAAUUUACCAUUAGAGGGUUGCCCAGCAACAACUCCCUGGACUUCUUGGAUGAGGAAUAUGACAUACAGGAGGGUUUGCAAGAUGAACUGAAGAUGAACGGUUGUGUGGAGUCGAAGGAAUCUGUUGUGGGCGACUAAUGGGUGGGACAGUGAGACCAUUUCACCCUCAUUUUCUUAUACAACUCUUUAUAGCCUCAGUGUGAAGAGCGGCCGAGUGUUCAGGUCAUGAGGUGAUCUUGCCUCCUGUGUGCAGCGCAAAGCUUGUGUGUUACGCAAAACCACAAUGGCAUCUGGCCAAUCAGAACGAUCCAGACUGAAGAAACUUUUCUUGCCUCAAAAAAAAAAGAAUGUUUCACGCACAGAACGUUCAGGAAAGGGACAUUCUAAUAGGUUCAGACUUUUUGUGGGUUCUGUUAACUAUGAUGGGAUUGGCUGUUCACGAGGGACCUUGGCGAGUUGCCAGUUUGGGGAAGCAUUAAUGGUUUUUGCUACUACCCCACCCAACACAAUCAUCUACCUUCUCUAUUGUAAUCUACUACUGCCCCCUCCAUGUUUCCUCCUUGCCAAAGCACUGAUAUAUCUACUCUACCCCUGAGAAAGUUCUAAUGGUGGGAACCCCGUUUGGCCAGUUAACCAAAAAUGUACAGAAUGUUAAUGAUCCAACCGCUUGGUACCUUAGUACUGAUACCUGUGGUCCAACAGAAGGGGUCCCAUUUCCAUCUCAUCCAUACUUGCUUCUCUCCUGUGCCACCUUCAUUCUUUAGGGGCCCCUGGGUUCUCUCUGGUUUGCCAGCUGGAGAACAAAAGAACAUUUUAAAUUCAUGCAAUCAAACUGAAUACUGAGUGGGAUUGGCUACAUAUACAAAGAAACAUGUUUAACUGGGGACACACUCAGCUCAGCUGAUUGUUGGCCCUCUUAACAGAUUUCAUUUUAAAGAAAAAAAAAAGCCCCUCCCAAAAAAAAAGCCCAGACUUUGUUUCCGGUGCGUAGCCACUAAUUCUGUACAUAUUUACUUGGCAAAUUUUGGAAUUUCCAUGUAAUUUGUUAAAAGGGACCCAUUCAUUGUAGAGGAAACCAAUUAUUGGAAUAUCUCCAGAUUUCUCCUGUAACAUAUGGCCCAUAAUGUAGUUGACUACUGUUUCUUUUUUUACUGGACUACACAUUGCACUGAACCACUGCCCUCCACAUGGUCCUACAGAGAGGUCCACACCUGCCUGGAGAUAAACAAAUCCUCAACUCUUCAACAUGUGGCUCCCAAAGUAUUCUUCAAAUUUAUCGUUGCCUUUUGGAGGUGCUCAAAACCACAAACACACUGUACAAUUGUAUCAAGGGCUACUGCUUAGUUUUGUUCUUGGGUUCAUUAGAGAACUGCUUACUUUUGGUUUGGGUUUAAACCAGUCUGUGUUGCAUUAAGAAACCCAUAUUUCCCCCAUGAAUCAAUCCAUUUAGGCACUGCCCAUGGGUCUGUUCUUCUUGAGAAAUAAUGUACCAUGAAAGUUACGGCUCAGCGUCCAACCCAGGGGUACAGAAGCCAUAUGAGUGAAUAUCCACAUAAAGCUAAAGUUGGCUCUGUUGCAUCUUUCGGAUAUUGUUUGGCCCCUGGUGUCUGGGACACUGCACAUGCUCAGUGAGCUCUGACCUGUUCUAAGGACUUGUGAGAAAAGUGGUGUAUUGGUGCACCCCAACCAUGUACAUCUCUGGUGGCAUGAAUUCAUUCACGCUCCCUUUGAAUAGACGUUACACUCAAAUAAAACUUUUAAUAAUG